AUCCCGAGCACCUGGCUAGAAUGUUUUCACGUUCGCUACGGCCAGGUCGAAAGGUCCUCUCGUCGUCGUGCUGCUGCAGCGUCAACUGAGGUUUUUUUCCUCACCCACACCACCUCUAGGCCAGACAAGGCUUGGGAGGAAAAAAACGUGAAGAAAAUUGUUGAGUGCUCUUCAUUGUGGUGAAAGUGUAAAGUGCGAUCAAUUUCGUUUGUCGACAACCAUUUACAGUGCAAAAGUGAAAAAAUUUAGAAUCUCUCAGUUUGGGCUGAAGGUGAUUUCUAGCCUUUGCUGACAAACCCUGAUACACGUGGAUUUAACACUGGUUUGAAAAGGGCAAGCCCUUUGAAAAGCAGAGACAGUGGCGUCCUCAUCGGAGGCGAACGAAGGGGGUGAAUCUUCCGCCCUGUUCUCAAAACUAGGCAGCUCACUUUUUGGGGCUACCAGUUCACCCCAAAAGGUCGUGACCAAUAUCCGUGGAUUCCUAUCCAACCGGUUGACCGGAGUAUCCAUUCCAGAUACAGAUGCUUCCCAAGGUGCCGGUCCCCACGCUGGACCAAACGAUGGCAGAGUAUCUCCGGGUGCUGCAACCGAUCGUAACGCCACAUCAGUUGGAACGCACGCGGGCGAUUAUUAAACAGUUCACAGCGCCAAACGGACUCGGGGUGACGCUGCAGCAGUACCUGCUGGACAAGCAGGAAGCCGAGGACAACUGGGCCUACUAUUACUGGUUAAACGACAUGUACAUGGACAACCCGUUGCCGCUGCCAAUCAACUCCAACCCGGGUAUGGUGCUACCACCUCGCAAAUUCACCACGGUCAACGACGUGGCCCGCUUUGCGGCCCGGUUGAUCGACAAUCUCAUGAUCCACAAGGAGAUGCUUGACAGCGGUGGCCUUGUCCAGGAGCGGGCUAAUUCCCGGGAAAAGGGCCAGCCACUUUGCAUGGCCCAGUAUUAUCGACUUCUUGGGUCCUGCAGACGGCCGGGUGAGCAAAGAGACAGUCAGUACUUACCGGAGAAACGAUCCGACGAACACGUCAUCAUCUUCUGUAGGAACCAGAUGUACUGCCUCCCGGUGAAGGCCGGCGAUCGUGGGCGGCUGACCGAAGACGAAAUUGUAUCCCAGCUGUUGUACAUACUUGACGAUGCACCGUGUCUCACUCGAAAACCUCCUCGCAUCGGUAUACUAACCGCCGAGCCUCGUCCGAAAUGGGCUCGGGAUCGACAAAUGCUCCUGCUAGAGGAGCAGAAUGCUCGCAACAUCGAACUGAUCGAGCAAGCUCUCGUUCAAAUCUGCGUCGACGAACCAAUUCCACUUACGUUUAACGCACGCGGCUUCAAUGGUUCUCCGGCCGGAGCCCACUACUGUGGUGGCCGCGACGAAAGCAACAUGGCCCAUGAGAUGAUCCAUGGCGGUGGUAGCGAGUAUAAUUCUGGCAAUCGUUGGUUCGACAAAACGAUGCAACUGAUCGUGUGCAACGACGGAAGCUGGGGUUUGUGCUACGAGCAUUCGCCUUCCGAGGGCAUUGCCGUGGUACAACUGCUGGAGGGUAUUCUCAAGAAGAUCGAUGAAACACCAAACCGAGAGGAGAACAGUUCGCAGAACCACCUGCCACCGCCGGAGCGGCUCGAGUGGAUCGUUCGACCGGAGAUAGAGCAGAGGAUUCGCGAGGCAUCUAGAAGUGUUGAUAAAAAUAUUGAGAACCUCGACUUCUACGUUUAUCGGUAUAAAGCGUUCGGUAAAAAUUUCAUCAAGGCUUGUCAAGUUAGUCCGGAUGCUUUCAUCCAGCUGGCGCUGCAGCUGGCUUACUACAAACUUUACGGUCACUUGGUUAGUACGUAUGAAAGUGCUUCAACUCGACGGUUUUUACUGGGACGCGUGGACUGCAUUCGUUCCGCUAGUGUAGAGGCACUGGAAUGGUCAAAGGCCAUGUGUCAAGGUGAAGGCGCAAACGUGACGCUCGAGAGUGAUAAGGAGGAAGACUACGGUGGCGAAGGAAGCGAUGCGAAAAAAGUAACUUUCAGUAUUUACAGUAGAGACAACUUAAGGGAGUUAUUCCGCUGUGCUGCUGCCCGUCAAACGGAAGUUAUGGUUCAGAACAUUCUGGGAUACGGUAUUGACAUUCAUCUGUUGGGCCUUCGGGAGGCCAGCAAAGAGAAGGAGGGAACGCUUCACGAGUUGUUCACAGAUGAAUGUUACAAGAUUGCUAAUUGCUUUCUUCUCUCGACUAGUCAGGUACCUGCCAAGUCACCCAUAAUACGUACAACCUCGCACCCGCAAUGGCACCUCCACUAUGUUCUACGUGUCUGUCAGCAAGCACUUAGUCAGCACUUCGAAGCGCACUUCACUGUGUUCACAAUUUUCAUAAGUCAAUUGUUAAGCUUUUUGUUUUUUCCGAAGGUCGCCUGCUCAACAAACAGCUUUAUGGGGUACGGUCCAGUGACUCCUCACGGUUACGGAGCCUCGUACAAUCCGCAUCCGAAUGAGAUAAUCUUCUGCAUUUCGGCGUUCUUCUCAUCGGACAAAACCAGCGCAUCCAGAUUCGCUCGGUCCCUGCAGGACUCGCUCGAUGCCAUGCGAGAUCUGCUGUCCUAAGUUCGUAAAGUGAGGCCUUACCAAACACGGUUUUGCGUUAGUAAAUAUGUAAGUGACAGCGAACCAAACCAAAGAUAACGAAUACAUAUCAAAAACUGUACAUGUACACGAUAGUCAACCAAACUCAAACAUAUCAAUUGCUUGGUAGGUUAAGGCAAAACUUUGUUGGAAAUUGUAAAUCACCUUUUUGGUCAAGAUUGCUCUUCGCUGGUGGUUGGGUUCGGACAAUUUAUCGCAUUCGCAUUUUGCUUACCACACCAGGAGAUUUUUACCGAUUUUUUUAGGUUAAAAUUAUAUGAUACUGUGGUCCAGACAACGUACAGACGAAGCAUUACGCAUCACUAUUAAUGUGCAACCUCCAGGUUCUGGGUUUAACGGAUAUUGCUUGCUUCGUAUGUCCCCAGUCAAGCUGUCUUAAUACUCUUUUUUACCACAUUUCAUUUUCAACCCUAUUUAUAGCGACUGAAUGAAUUUCACAAUAUUCAUUCCCCAUUUUCGUGUUUCGAAAACUCGGAACACCUUUGUAAUUUUUUGUUAUAGGCAUACAUCUUCAAUUGAAACACACUAGAAACAUCAUUUUCCAGGCUCAGUGUGAAAACUUUAGUGUGAAACGGCACAGAAUCCAAGCAUCAUUGCAUCGGUUACCGAAUUUUUAAAUUCUUUAAUUGGUGGCAUAUAAUUCCACAGAAACAAUGAUGAAAAAAAUAUUUAUCACCUGCUCUUGAAAGCAGGCUUGAUAUUCGGAUAAACAAACUGAAAAUACCAAGUCAGAAACGAAAACACAUCUAAUUCUCAUAAUCUACUCAACAUUAUCAAUUUGAAGACAUUCGCUCUAAAUGCUCGAGCAGCCUACUGCUGACAGUACUGAUAACACGAGAGCCCAGUUCCUUGAAUGUAAAAUAGAAAAAAAAACCAAUAACCGUGAUUUCGCGACGCGCUGCACUUUAGAGACAAGCUUAAACCAAUUUCGAAGGAUUUUUCACCAAAAUUAGUUACGAUCGCAAUGUACAUAGUUUGAGUGGUUCCGCGACUCCUACAAGCCGGUAUUUGUGGAGAGUAAUCUAGUGUCUACCGGCGUAAAAACGUAAACAACUCCGGGAAAGAAAAAAAAGUGAUGUGAAAAAUAGCAAGAUAAAAGCGUUUUGUAGGUUCCACGGCCAAAACCAAAUGUGCAAAUUGAUCAAAUUAGGUACCCUGGUGCUGGGUUAGCAGUUUUAUAAUUUAUAAUUACAGGUUAGUCGAAUAGCAGGCGAUAUUUUAUAAGGUAUCCGAGAAAUGUAUGCAGAAGGAAGCCACCGGUCCUCCCACACUUGGAUUCCGCCCCGUUUCACAUUGAUAACUGUAUUUUAUACUUGGAGUGCGAUGAGCCAUUUUUGCUUAACAGUUACUUUUGUUUGUCGGUUGUUUUAUAAUUUUGUCAAAAGAAAAUCAUCGGAAUAUAAUAUAAUUAAGCGUAAUCCUGGUUCGUGGUUUAUGAGCCGCGCCUAUUUGAGGUGAUGUUUGUUUUGAAAUGUUCAAUUAAUCAAAUUUUCUAUGUUAAUUUGCGGUAUAAAUAUUGAAAAGUUAACAAAUAUUCGUACCUGCAAGGUUUUUAUUAUACUUCGUCAUUUCUUUUCGCGUGUGGGUACUAAGAAAUAGCGGGGGGUAUAACGCUCAAAUCUAUGGGUCAUUCCAUAUGAAGUAAUCACGAAAAAGCACAAACUUGGCAUCAACCAUCACAAAUUUUGUUCAAAGUUGUACCGACACUUUAUUUCUCGCGUCGAGUGUAUUAGUGACUGCUACUCAUGGAGCAGGGCAAGCAGCAAACAACAACUUAUGCACGCGCUUUUUUUUUUCAAGCGACGGAGAAAUUUCUCUCUCGCUCGUAUGAUUCCCAUAUUCGUGCGACGAGACUAGACAAAUCACAUACAAUUUGCAGGUUGCUCUUUCGCUUUUCUUUCGGUUCGGAUUGCGACGCGCAAGGCAAUGUCUCGUCGCCUCACGAAAUAAGCGAGACACCCGUGUUGUACAUUCUUGAUACCAUAGUGUUGUUAGUCUCACUCAUACUGUCGGUGCGUGCUUGCUGCAACUCAGGGGAAUGCAUGAAGAAGAAAGAGUAUCUCGAAAGCGUGUGUGCAAAAGAUUUGAGAAGCCUAGCAUAUGUCUCGUUCUCAAGCAGAAAGGAUGAGAAAGGUUUUGCCUCUCACUCGCUUUGCAAUGCUGCUUGAUACCUGUUGAAACUGUUUAGGUGUAGUAGUUUGGAGCUGCCAAAUACAUUGAACAAAUGCUAGAGCAUUAAUUGCGUUAUGCCCAACACGCAAUCAUUGUACUGGUUUCAAAUUACAUCAACAAUUGCGCUAAAAACGCACAAUUUUGUACUGGUUUCGCACCAUCCAACUUUUGCGUGUAGACCAUUUGUAUGAUCUUUAGACAUCGCUUUUUGCAGUCGCGUUGUCUCAGGUAGAGUUUGAAUGUCUUCACAGAAUCGAACUCUGGAUUUCCUUUUGGCUUUGCGUAGCCCAACGUUAUAUUUUGUGAAGGAUGCUCUGUAGGCUCCCCAGUUGGCUUCUCGACGAAGGAUACUGAGAGUUUCGUUCCACCAGGGCUCAUCACGGCAGACAGUCCGUUUCAUUAACGGACAGUUUCACGUAAAAGUUUCUGAGAUUCUGUACUGCAGGUCACUUGCUGCGAUGCCCAGUUCAGCUGGAGUUCGAAUAUUUUUGUGACAUCAUGUUCUCGAGUUAACCAAAUGUUCCUUGAAACAGUUCCAGUUGGUUUUCUUAGGAUUCCUGAAGUGUUCUCUUAUCAGAGAAGUAGCCUCGACUUCAAAUCUGAUGUGUCUAUGGUCUGAUAAACUAGGUUCAUCAAGACAUGCCAGUUUUUGACUUUCUUCGUUAUCGAGGCGCUACAUAGAGUGAGAUCCAAAACCUCUUGUUUAAUAGCAUUACUAAAAGUUGGCUCGUUCCCAAUAUUGCAUGCAUUAAGUAAGAUGUUAAGGUGAGUACCUAGUAGUAAGUAGGCGGAGACAACGACCAUCUCUUGGGUACCGUGAGUCGUUGAGACUUCCCCAGCAAUUGCAACCAAAUCCCGUUGCAUGAACUCUGUAAUGGGUAACAACUCUGUAAUAGAAACAAAUUUAUUAUUUCUGUUCAACAAAAUUGCAGCUCUGGGAUUUGACUGUUGGUUGCAAUAGAUCAACUUAUCGUUUGCGUUGGUUAAGCCAAAAAUCCUAGUGUCGUGGACCCAUGGUUCCUGGCUCAGCGCUACGGAUAGCUAAUCCUUGGUGAAUCUCUUACAAAGAACACUAAAGGCGCCUUUUGCGUGAUUGAUAUUUACCUGAAUGCAGCGUAUGCUGCUCACGAUGUGUAUGACGCGUCCUUCAUCGGAUCUAGUUGAGUUCCGAUUGCCAUCAGCGGGGAUGCUGUGUUGGGUUGACCGCGUACCCUCAGCAGCAGGCUCCCCUCGCAGCAGACGGUAGGCGACAGAAAUGGUAGUGGUGCACUCCCUUAGAGAGUCUCCGAGCGUACCUUUCUUGCCUUAGCACCAGAGCCUUUCGCACCUGUGUUAGAGGACUUUUUGCCAAUCUGUCGCAUGCGUGCUUUGCCGUACUUGUUGUUCAACAGCAAGUUCUGUGCCGCUAUUAGGAUUGCAGCCUGUUGGUCCAGCCCAGCCAUCUGUUCGACAGUCUUUCGAGUAACUUUACGGUAACAUACAUAUAAACUUGGGCCUGAUAGCAGGUGAUUCCUGGUCGCCCGGAAUGCAGUCCAGGAUGGCGUCGCAAACUGUUUUCAACUGUUCAGUGCAGGGAUAAGGAGGAAAACUGGAUAGCCGAUCGAUGUGAUUGGUAUGCCGGUAGCCGCCAGCAUCUCCCAUUAAGUUACCCCUGGUUGCGACCUGACCUGAGCGGUCAGUCUGGUCGACUGAUUGACGUACUAAGCUAGCGGCCUCCUCGCGUGGGUGGCAUUGGCUCAAAAGUCCCUUCAGGUGCCGCCGUUGCGAUUGGGAGAGCCGUUCGACAGAGGCACAAGAUGACUCAGGUUGCCCUUUGUCAUUCGGCUGCGUCGCCGGAUCGGGAGGACAGGCCGUCGGGCUCUCCUUUUUUCCGCAGGGCGAACCAAGGAUUAGUGAUGAAACCGAAGGCGAUUCACUGUCGAAGUUGAAGUCCUUCUCCUCGGUUUUGCCUGUUGCGUGCGGCUUUGUAGGGCUGCACGCCAUGGAGCUUGUUCCGGCAGACUAAGGUUGCCGGGGCCCGGGUUUAAAAAUACUUGUUUUUGUGUGUUGCAGUUUACUUUUGGCAGCUGUCCACAGCUCUCGGUCUCGGCCCGCUCAUUUGCUCGAUAUUCCGAGCCGCAGCAUUUCGAGUGCCGCUUGUCACUGACUGUUGGGGAACAUUUUGGUCAGUAUACGUACUAUAGGUAGUAAAAUUAUGAUACCUGCCUGAAUGCCGGCGCUCUCAACCGCUUCGCCUCAACCUUAACUGCUGACAAGCUGCGGUGGAAGCGCAUGUUCAAAUUCUUCCAAACUGCUACUCACAUUUACUAUCGAUUCAACAGUUGCUACAGCCGCCUCAUCACCUGGUUAUUCUGGUACUGCUGUCUGCAAAUCAUCACACGCUUCAUCGACCGUCGCAUCGAUCUCCAGAAAUUCAACUAGUUAUGCCGGCUCAUGUACUGCCAAACCACGGCGGUCAUUGUUCACGAUCUCCACAUAACGGCUAAUAACGACUUCAUUGGUCUCCGGGUUGUACAAUCUGUACUCUUGUGCAUUCUCCGCCUAACCAAUGAACACACAUUUCAUCGAUUUGGAGUCCAGCUUUUUUCUCUUCUGCUUCGGCACGAACAUCAUGGCUACGGAUCCAAAUAUCUUUAAGAGGCCAACGUAGCGUUUCUUUUCAAAGAUCUGUACGGACCAGCUCCAAACGCUCCUUAGCCCUUGGAAUUCAUCACGAGCAUGCUUACCUUGUAGGCAUGCAAUGCGUUCUAGUGUCCCCACAUUCUCGAUCGAAACUCCGUUUGUCAUCUGCUGCAAUCGCUUUAGAUUCUAUCCAUUUAGAUGGCCGAAUCUCCUAUGCCACAUCUCGAAUUUAACGCAUACGUAUGCCUUCUGCACCCGCCGGUUCAGUUUAUAUAAGCCGCUUGCAGCAGUUCCGGAGGCACAAACGUCUCCGUACUUUCAGUUGUCCGCUGUGAAAACCAUCGCGAAACCUUUACUGCGGAUUUUACUCAGUGACAACAGAUUUGCCGCCAGCUCUGAAACUUCCAGUACGUCUUGCACGUCCAGUGCUCCUUCGUGGCAAUCUAAGUUCACGAUACCCUUAACCAAGCAGUUUUUGUUUGCUGUUUCAACUUGAUACGAGACCUCCUGCUUCACUUGGAAAUUUGACCCAGACCUGGCUAUAUGAGUAGUAGCACCAGAAUCAAAGCACCAUUCAUCUUGGUCGACGUUGUCCCCCGUCAAACCGGCACACAUUGCUCGUCCUUUUUUACCUUUGAAUGUAUCCGGUUUUUUCGGACAAAUUACUGCAUAAUGACCCACCUUGCGGUAGUUGUAGCACGCUCUAUCCUUCUGCUUUUUCAAACCACCGUCCCCGCGACGUCGUUACUAUUGUGCUCCUCCGCUGUAGAAAGCUCCUUCGUCACUACUGCUUCGCGGUCCAUGCUUGGCCUUCGCGGCAUCCGCCUUCAAAGCCUGUCCAGACGCUCACAAGCCCAUUACCAUCGGUGCAUAGUACUUUGGCAAUACCAUCAAAAGCAGUGAAGCAAGCCACUCGUCAGCCACUGGAAACUUGAUUUCAUGAGCUUAUGGCUGGUUGAGACCAAUGCAUCCACGUACGCUUCCGUGCUGUCGUUAUUUUCGAGCCGAAUUGACAUUAGCUGCUGCAGUAAACCCAAUCCGACGAUACACUUCGUCAUCUUGAGAAGCAGUCUUGAGCUUGUUCCAGGCUUCUCGCCAAUUUUUCGCAUCCAUCACAUGUCUUCUCGAGGCUCAGGCAAAUCGUGGACAGCGCCUUUGGGUCAGUGUUCUAAUUCACGACUUCUUCUUCCUUCGGUAUUACAGCCCUCCAAGAACCCCGAAUCAACGUCAUCUUCAUGGCGAACGCCCACGAAACAUAAUUGUCAACUUUUCGAUCGGCAGAGCCACAUUGCUUCCAUCGACUGCACAAACCGUUCUUGAAUCCGAAUCUCCAGUCCUUGAUCCAGAUGUCUCCGAACUAUAACCGGUAUUGCAAGAAUUCAUUUUUUGCUCUUGGCAAUUUCUCUAACUAUUUCGAGAAUCUUCUUUGUGAAAAAAAAAUCUUCUGGUUAUGACCGCUGGGCCUUUGACCUAUUGCUAAAGGUAUGUUUAGACUAUCUGAUUUUUUCAUCUGAUUCGAGUUGAUUGCUCGAAAAUAUAUCGAUGGCAAUGUUGGUUUACGUUUACACCUAUUCGAUAUUGUGAUUCGAUAUGUCGAAUGGAAUUGGAACGUUUCUAUUUUUGGUUCGACUCCGAGAACAUAGGAACGUUUGAUUUCUUUUCAGUUUUUUAUUUUGGCUUUCCAUAGCAAAUAUCAUUUUCGGUUUUAUGUGUGCUGGCAAAUAUUGAAAUGGAGAAAAAAAAUUGACAUUCAUUUGACAGUUCUUCCUUUCGGCUUGUGCAAGCAGUGUGAACACCGCCAUACAAACAGAUCCGACAAAGUUAGAGUGUGUAUAUAUAACUAGAGUGGCGCCGUGUCAUCCAAUCCAACGCUGGUAACACUGAACAUCCUUUCUCUUUUCCCCCACACAUGUUUAAUAGAUUGUUUGCUCAAUUGGAAUGACACUGACAGAUAAUUUUUAUUCCAAUUUUGACAGUGUCGCCACUCUAUAUAUUUACAGGCACUCUAGACAAAGUAUGUCGACCGGUAAAUCGAGCAGACUUUCGAUUUCUGCAGUGGUCAACAUCAGACCGACAUGUCUAAUAUGGUAAACGUACCCUAAUAUGCUAAUAUGCUGAAUGCUAGUAGUGGAAUGAAAGUUUUUUUUAUUUCAUCAAACAAUACAGUGGUUGCUAUGCGUAGAGCUUGACCACCUUUUCUCCUAGACCGUGGAUUACUUGAUUGCCAACAUAAAAUAACACAUUUCUUUAUCCAAAACCUCUUUUGACGUAGAGUUACGUCUUACGGUAACAAUCUGGGAUAGAGGUGCAAAUUGAAACACCGAAAACAUCGAGAGCGUCACGAAAAUUGUCCAAUUUGAUUUGAUAAUAACUCAGUCAGUUUUGAACGAAUUUCCUUCGUUUUUGCAGCAAUCGAAAAGAAAAUUUGCUAAGAGUUCACUGAAAAGCGAAAAGUUGUAAUUAUAUGAUGCAAACCAUUGCACUAUUUUGAACACAAAUUUCGACCAAUCAGAGCUGAAGACAAGGCCAAAUAUCGACCAAAAUGAAUAUUUUCGGAACCGGGUUGAUAUCCAGAGACCGGAUAUCGACUUCCGAUGCCGUUUUGACGUUCAAGAUGGCGACUUCCGGUUCCCAUACUACCCACGUCAACCUCCGGCCCUGACAAGGGCCAAUAUAUGAGAGAAAUAUUAUUCUACCCGUAAGGGUAUUUUUUCACUCACCUUUACAGCAUCCGCACGUGAGAUGUACUUUAGUGAAGAAGUCCCAAAGGGUAAUUCAUUUUUAGAGCACGGUUCGCAUAUUCUUCGAAAGUCUCUUUUCAGAUACAGAGAAAGGAAAUUAAGGAAAAAAAUUAAAAUAUCGCUUUCUUGCACGGAAAAAGUAAUUGGCAAAAGUAAAAAUAUCAAUGUGGAGUAGGUGGAUCCCAACAACAACAAGAAAAAACUUAAAAUUCGAAUAAAAAUUCCAGUUCAGCUCUGACUAAAUGUAUGAUACUGCUGCUCCAACUGCCUGAAUUUACUGGCAUCAUGUUCAAACUUUCAUGGGGGAGUAAGAAAUAUUCAAGCGUGCUAAAACAAGAGUAUUCUCAAGGAAAUGUAGUAUCGUAAAACAAACUUUGAAACUAUAACUAGUUAAAAAAGAAAUUGAUAAUUGACUAUCCUUGUUUGGCUAACUUUUAGAUUUAGGCAUGCUAAAAAUUUUCUUUCACUAUUUUUUAAUCUAAAAAAAAGGGAAAGCCAACAUAGGCAUUACAAAAUCCGCUAUAGUGAUUUUCCGAAUUGUCAAACGCCAACCAUCACAGAGAGCAUCCUGGUGCAAAGGGAAUCAACCAAAGAAACGAAUACAUAUCAUUAGCAAGUAAGAGUAUAACUGAAACAACAACCAAAAAAUAGCGUAAGAAAUCGAAAGCAUAGCUGUAUAGAGAAAGUUGUUACAAGACUUGCACUAACUAUUUGUCUGUUAAACUCUAUAACUUAUUUCUUCAAAGCGGAGAAAUCAUAUCAAACGCAUUAAGGAUUUAUGAUUGUAAGAACGUUGAGUUGUAUUACUGAACUGCGUGUAGCAGCAAUAUCGAAAUACUUUAGCCAAUGUUAUCAUAUGUUAUACUAAAGUUUCACAGCUACGUAGUUUAACUGUAGUCAAUGCAUGUGAUUUUGUUCAAAACAGAAAGCGAAGCUUUGCAAAACCCUCUCUAAUAUUUAAUCGAGCAUGUGUUUUUAAUAAGAAUAUUUAAAAUGUUGAAAACUCGAACAUAAUCAUUCAUGUGUGCAAUUUAGUUCGCAGAAUCAUGUUGAGUGAGUUGUUUUAUUUGAAAAGCUUAAACCGUGUGCCGCUGUGAUCAGAAUGGCAAGGUUCGAGCGCCCGCACAGUAAUUCUUGUCCAUUAAACGAAGCAAAAUUGUAGCUGGUAAAAUUAGAACGAUUCAAUAUCGUCGCAUCAAAAUUUUGAGUGCAUGGUGUCCUGAUGUAGAAUAGAAGCAACUCGCACGCGCAAAGAUGCCAGACUUUUUUUUGGCAAGUCUGUAUAAUCCAUAAAAAUAUCUGUAUAAGUCUGUAUACCGCUGCGAAAAAAAGUUACCGAUACAUUGAUACCUAAUUAUUUGUCGACCUGUCAGAUUGUUUUGUUUUAUUGCUUGUUUUGAUUGUUCUUUUUCGAGUCUAUCAUAGUUGGUAGAUUAAUCGAUAACUAAUUUAUCUUUUAAAUCUAAGUAACACAUAGAAGUAAGAGUCUUUCCCGUGAUAAAAAUCGUCGUUCGUCGUAAUGUAGCUAAACUGAUACAUGAUGGCAGAAGUCUCGCGGUUAUAAAAAUAGUACCUUCAAGGUUUGGGACAUUUUAAGCAAUUCUUCAACGUUGGAUAUUGCUCCGAAUGGAACAAACGGUCUUUUCACCAAUAUAACCUGCAUGGCAAUCGAUCGAGACAAUCAGCUGUUUGUUACUGGGGGCGAAACAGGCAGAUUAGUGCCCACGGGGCCGAUAAAAACCCCGAUAGCCUGACUCGAUUCCCGAUUUCACUCUCAAAAACGCAAGAUUAAUAUGUUCAGCAAAGUGUUCAGUUCCUAGUUCACUUUUUCCAGCAACGGCUACAGUGACUUUUGGUUUUUGUGUUCGUUUUUUUGUGUACACUGGUAAAACCAUUAUGUAGAAUAUCAGAUAUCUGUGUAAUAUCUGUAUUAUACUAAAUGUUUGUAUAAAAUCUGUAGGCUUAUGCGUGUCUGUAUCGCAACACAGAAAGUCUGUAUAAUACAGAUUUGUCUGUAUAUCUGGCAUCUCUGCGCACGCGCGUGUGCGCAAGCUUGCGCCCAAUGUUGCAUGCAACUUAGAGUGAAACUUGUAACUACACAUGAAAGCUUUAAAUCCUAUAGCAGAAAGCACACUAUGGUAAUAGAAGAAAUUUGUAUAACAAAUCGACCGUGUGAAAAUAACAAUAUUUAGUGACGAAAUAUUAAAAAAAGUGUACCAUAGCAUUUAGACAAAACCUGAUAACAGUUACAUAUCAUCCUAAACAUAGCAGUUAACCGAAAACUAACGCAUAUCAAUAUACAAACUGUUAUACAUUUAACCGUUUGAAUGUAAAUCUCUACAUAAGUCACAUUUCAAGGACCAAAUGCGGUUCAAGAGCUGGGUGACCAACGGUUUGUGAAUUCUUUACAAUUUAUGACAAUAAGGUCAGCUAAAUUCUCAUACAUAGUAUUGAAUUCAGCAAGCCUCAUCAAAGCUCGAGUUACUUUUACAGGUAGUUUACAAUGGAAUGAAACACCUAUUGUGUAACGCAGAUGAGUAAAAACCGAACCUUGUUUGAGUUAAAUUUCGCAUGGCUACCGUUUGCUUUGCAGUUGCUUAAUUUAUAACUUAAUGAUUGUAAGCUUACCAAAAGAGAGAAAAAACUGGUGUGUUAUCCAGAUGCUGCGAUGUGAGCUGACCAAAAUAAUAUCAAAAAUGGUUUGUCCGCGUAGUGUGACGAACACUGGCAAAUGAGUUUAUCAGUCAGCUCCUCUUCUCUCGAAAUUUCCAGAAAAAUAGGUCAUUUUCUUUAUACGCUUUUUCCAUAGAAUGGAACAGAAGAUUCCGUAUCAACAACACAACCUUUAGCACGGAAAAUCUGCAGAAGUCUGAGAGGGAAAAUAAACUACCACAUAUAGUUACGUGUUCAGAUACAAUAUAUAUCAAAUAUAUAUAAAAGUGAAUAAGACGCUUAGAGAAUUACGUUGAAUAUGAUUGAAAAUCUUACAUUUAAAAGGUGAAACUAAGUAUUAUAAUCUACCUGUUGUUGAAUAGUUUACCCUAUAAUGAUCACAAUUAUCUGGCGUUAAUUUCCCCAAAACUUUAUUCGCAUAUGGUUAGGAACGAAAACCUGGCGUAUGAUUCCAACAUCAAUCUAAACCAAACAGGAGAACAAAUAGAAAAUCGCUUACUAAAAUUCCAUAGGGAUUCUGUAUGUAACGGCAAAUAAAGUUUUACCGCAACGA